CAAAAUGGCGUCACGUUAUCGAUAGGCAGGAUAAGAAGCAGAACAGAAAAAGUGCCGCUGAAAAAGUGUAAAAAGUAAUGUUAAAGCAAAGUUACAAAGCAAAUAGUUUGUAAAAGCAUCAGUGAAAUGGACGUGCAACCGCCUGGAGAUGCCAGUUUACGCAAUAUUAUUGACAAACUGGCAGAGUUUGUGGCCAGAAAUGGACCAGAAUUCGAGGCCAUUACCAAGCAAAAGCAGCAGAAUAACCCAAAGUUUGAAUUCCUUUACGGUGGCGAGUUCGCCAGUUACUAUCAAUUCCGGGUGGCUGCAGAACAAGCAUUGUUGAAACAACAAAACAACUACAUGCAACAUCCGCCUCACAUGCAACAACAUCAACCGCCUGCCCAUUAUGCGCCGCCCAAUCAACAGCAACAGCACCCGCCAGAAAAUGCACAGGACAACAUGCAGCAGCAGCAACAACCGCCAUAUAUGUGGCCACCUAAUGCUGGACAAGGACCUCCAAACAACCCGCAAGGCAAUGGCAAUCCCAUCACACUGAACCUAUCCUCUCAACUGGAUGCCGUCAAUAUGCAGCAGAAGACGUUGCGGGAACAAAUAAAGCAAUCCGAAGCGAACCUCUCAGCUCAGCACACGGCCCUGAUGACCCAAAAGACGAAGCAGAUCGAGGAGGCGAUUGCGACAGCUCAGACGACUCAAUUGGAGCAGUUGGCCCAGGAGCAGGGCAUCGUGCUGAGGGACUUUGACGCCGUGCUGCAGCCUAUCAUCGAGUCCUGCACCAAGGAUAGCAUCUCAGCAGGCAAGAACUGGAUUUUACAGCAUUCAACCGACAGCGCAAAAAUCAAUGUCGUUUUACAAUAUCUUUUAAAGAAGGCUUUGGUCAAUGGUUCCACGUUUCAGCAAAAAUUGCAUCUUAUAUAUUUAGUUAAUGAUAUCCUCCAUCAUUGCAUGCGCAAGAACAUCAAUGACUUGAAGAACAGCCUCGAGAAUGUGGUCAUUCCGAUGUUCUGCAGCGCGGAUUUGAUUGCCAGCCACGACCAACGCCAAAAGUUAGCCAAGCUGCUGUCUUUAUGGGAGUCCAAGGCCAAGUUCUUCGAUGCCUGUGUCAUUUCAAAGCUGCAAUCGCCAGACUCCUCCAUGCAAGAGUACAAGACGAAUUUACAAAACACUCAUCAUGAAAUAGCAUCCAAAUUCACCCAAAACACCAAGGCCACUUUGGACAACUACCAAAAACAACAUCAAAUAUUUAUUCAGCAUGCCAGCCAACAGAUUGCCCAGCUUGAGCAACAGAAGCAGCAGCUUGAACAGCAACUAAUGGUGGCACAAAAAUCCCAGCAGCCGCCGCACAUGCACCACCAGCAGCAGAUCCCCGGUGGUCCGCCACAGAAGAACAUACCCUCGCUGAUGGCCCAGCGGAUAGCGAUGCCAGGUGGCAACCACAACCAGAUGGGCGAUCCCUCAGCACAACAUGACCAGUAUCCUGGAGGUAACUACCAUCAGCAGCAGCACCCACAACAGCAGCAAGGCAAUCCCUUUGCAGAUCCGCGUGGGCCGAACUUUUUCAUUCCGGAUAUGUCCAAGCCACCGCCAGGCUUCUCGGGUCCCAUGAAUCCGCACCAUCAGGGGCCAUUAGGCCACCAGCAGCAUCCCAAUCAGCAGCAGCAGCAACCACAGGGUCCAUUUUCUCAGGGAGGUAACAACGAACCUCCCGUGGAUCUGGGCGUACUCAAUGCCGCCAUUCAGGCAGUGAUGCAGAUGCAGCACCAGCAACAACUCCAUCCCGAUGACCCACAAUCCCAGCAGUUGCAGCAGCAACAGCAUCAGCAACAGCUUCCCCAACAACAACAGCAACAGCAGCCGCCGCAGAUGCAGCAGCAGCAUCAGCAAAUGGCUGCCUAUCCAACGAACCUUCGACCUGGUCAACCAGGUAAUGUUGAUGAUGCAGUGGACUUGGAUGUUCUAAACGCAGCCAUUAGAGCAGUCAUAUCUAAUAACACUGGUGAUCCAGGUCAACAACACAAAAUGGAAGAUGGCCACCAGCCGGACAAGGGAGAUGAAGGUGGAGCAGAUCCUGUCCCGAUUGGAGAGCCACAGAUACCUACAGCGCCUUACUACGACUUGCCAGCGGGCCUGAUGGUGCCACUUAUCCGGCUGGAAGAUUACAAUUACAAAGCACUAGAUCCUGCCGACAUAAGACUGCCACCGCCGGCGCCGCAAAAUGAGCGCUUGACCAAUGCAUUGAAUGCCUUUUACGCCGCACCCGCCCAUGACCAUCCUAGGGAUAAUGAGGGUUGGGAGAAGUUGGGUCUCUAUGAGUACUACAAGGUGAAGAAUGCGGCCCGCAAACAAAAGGAGGAGGAAAUAAAAAGUGGCACAAGGGAAAAGUCGCGAUCCCCCAGCCCCAUAGUCCUCGAGAAAAUAGAACCCAAAAAGCCCAAGAAGCGAUGCUAUCGAUCCAAGAGUCGAAGUCGUUCCCGUUCCAAAACACCGCCACAUCGCGACCGAUCGCGUUCCCGCUCCAGAUCGCGGUCUCGUUCUCUGGAACGCUCCUUAACACCUCCACCACCGACGCCACGAAAUAGGCCUGUUGGCGGCGGUGGCAGCCAUCGGAAAACCACAAACCGAUCGCCUCGCAAUGAAAAGGAUAACAGCAAUGCCAACGCCAACAGCAACCAGGAGAAUCGUGCCGAGAGAACCAAUAACAGCAGCAACAACAAUGGAAACAAUACCUCAAGACGAGUGGAGCGCGACAGAUCUCCAACGCCUCCGAGCUUUUUGGGAGGAGGUAUCCCCAAAUUACCUGAAUUCCUUGAUGAGUCCAACAAGGGCCAUCAAAUGCUCAAAAAAAUGGGUUGGGCCGGUACUGGAACUGGACUGGGAUCAAAGAGUCAGGGCAUUGAUAAGCCCAUUGCGGGCGGAGAGGUGCGUGAUCGUCGCGACAUGUACAAGGGCGUGGGCAUCAACAUGAACGAUCCCUUCGAGAGCUUCCGCAAAAACAAGGGCGCUGCAUUUGCCCACCGCAUGCGGGCAAGGGACGACAAAAGUUAGGAUUCUAAUUGUGACAUAACCAAUGUUUUUUUUUUAUUGUUUCCGCUAGCCCUGAAAAUAAAUUUUA